AUGAAAACAGAAGAAAAAAAAAGUUUACAAGAGAAGGAGGAAAAUAAUUGUAAUGAUGAUAAUUUACCUACAAAUGUCGAUAUAAAUGACAAUAAUAUGAAUAACAUAUCAUAUAUAAAUGAUAAAUUAAAAAAAGAUUCAUAUGAAAAAAUUAAAACAUAUGUUGUUAUAUAUAACAUAGGAAAGAAGAAAAAUGUGGGAUGUAUAGUUCGAAGUUGUGUUGCUUUUAAUGUUCAUAAAAUAUUUAUUGUUGGUAAAAGAAAGAAAGAAAUAAAUUUCUUUGGUAAUAUGGGUACAUAUGAUUAUAUAACGAUAGAAUAUUUUGAUAAUAUUUAUGAAUUAAAGGAAUAUUUAACAAAACAUGAUAUAUUAUUAUAUGCAUGUGAAAUUAGUGUUAAUGCUUUAUCCAUUACUACAAAUCCAUAUGAACAUAAAGAUACAGCUUUUUUAUUUGGAAAUGAAGGAACAGGUAUUCAUGACAAUGUUUUAAAAAUAUGUGACAAAAUUAUUUACAUUCCACAAUAUGGGAAAGGUACUGCUUCAUUAAACGUAUCUGUAUCUUGUGCUAUUAUUUUACAAAAUUUUGCUGUGUGGGCAAAUUAUGAACAAACCGAAAUAAAAAAUAAAAAAUUUAUUGUACAAAAAAAAAUGAGUAAAUUGCAAAAAUAUUUAAAUCCUACGGAUGAUAUGUUGAAACAAAUACAUUUUAAAAGAUCCUUAAGAUCUCAGAAAAAAAAAGAAAAUCAUAUAAUAUCAUUUGAAAACUUUAUAUGA